UGUCCUUUCUCAGUUCUGAAGUAGACCUGCUGGAGCUCGCUAACGGGCCGCGUUUAAUCCAUUUAUUUCUUUACAGUUUUGGGAGAUUUGAUAUCAUCUCAUCUAUCACGAUGCUGAGCAUGGUCAGCCGGCAACUCAGGAGCCAUCCUGCCUUGAUCCCACUGUUUAUUUUCAUUGGCGGCGGAUGCACCAUGUCUCUGUCAUAUCUGGCUCGCCUGGCCUUGCGUAACCCUGAUGUCUGCUGGGACAAAAAGAACAACCCAGAGCCCUGGAAUAAACUGGGGCCCAAUGAUCAGUACAAGUUCUACGCCGUGAACAUGGACUACAGCAAGCUGAAGAAGAACGGUCCUGACUUUUAAAUGCAUCCAGACACCAAGUGCUGGACCAAAGGUUUAAAACAAACUAAAGAUCAACAAGAUGUCCGCACACUUUUCCUCAACGGCCCUUGUUUCUAAAUUAAUUUAUGCAAAGAGACUAAAUUGCACAUUGUUGUCUUUGCUGGGUCCCUGUUUAACAUCUAUGAUGUCUCUUGUACUUUCUCUUGGUUCUUUGUAGUCAGAUUUGAUUAAUAAAGGGUUUUUCCCAACAUACAUCGAAAAA